UUCACUCACUAAGGUUGUGCAGGUUUGUUUACUCAUUAUCUUGUGUUCGACUUCAGUGCAGCCUUCCAUUUUCCUAAGCAAGGGCGAACUAACCAAAUCAGAAUGAAUAGGAAAGUUAUCAUUAUUGGAACGGUAGUUGUGGUCGUUCUUGUAAUCGCGAUUGCUGUACCUAUAGCGGUUUUGACAGGAAAGAAGGAAGAUGCACCCAGCAUUUCCCAGCGCGCUGCACAAGUCUUGGAGGAGACUCCACUUGUUGACGGGCAUAAUGAUAUUCCAUGGCAACUGAGGAAGUAUUACAUGAAUCAAAUGGAAAAUGUAACCUUAGACAAGAGUAACCCAGAAUGGCACACUGAUAUCCCCAGGUUAAGAAAGGGCAAAGUUGGAGCACAGUUCUGGUCAGCGUACGUUUCCUGUGCCAACCAGUACAAGAACUCGGUACGCUUGUUCCUCGAGCAGAUUGACGUCAUCCACCGCAUGGUUGAUAAGUACCCGGAUACUUUUACUUUGGCUACCACUGCGCAGGACAUAAAAGAUGCACACAAAGCCGGAAAGAUCGCCUCUUUGAUUGGCGUAGAGGGGGGUCAUGCCAUGGAUAGUAGUUUGGAUGCCCUUCGCAUGUUGUAUGACUUGGGAGGGCGGUACAUGACGCUGACCCAUAGCUGUCACACUCCUUGGGCAGUCUGCUUGAGACCGGAAUUUCUGCUUUGUGUUGUUUCUGGUUUAUCCCUGUCUUGUAUGUUGGACGUGAUUAGAGAAAUGAAUCGGCUUGGGAUGUUUGUCGACAUAUCACAUGUUUCUGCAAAAGUCAUGCGUGAUGUUCUCAACAUCACGGAGGCUCCAGUUAUUUUCAGUCACUCCUCCGCCUAUGCACUGUGUGACAAUUCGAGGAACGUUCCUGAUGAUGUCCUAAAAAAACUUCCCAAGAAUGGCGGAGUAGUUAUGGUGAACUUUUAUAACGAUUACGUCACUUGCAGAAAAGAUGCGACUCUCGGUGAUGUUGCAGAUCACAUCGAUUACAUCAAGAAAGUCGCAGGCAUUGAUCAUGUUGGUCUUGGUGGUGAUUAUGACGGCGUACCCAGAGUUCCGACAGGAUUGGAGGAUGUUUCAACUUAUCCUAAGCUAGUAGAAGAACUCCUCCGGCGAGGAUACAGCAAUGACGAGGCCAGUAAAGUUGUGGGAGGAAACUUACUCACGGCUAUGGAAAAAAUGGAAAAGGUUGCUGAGGCUAAAAAUAACGUUCCACCAUUUGAUGUCUACAUUAAUGUCGACGAAACUUGUCGACCAGCUCUUGAUGGACUGUAAACUUGAUGAAGCACCUCACUGAAAGGCACCAAUAAAACUUUACACAGGACAACCUGCUAUUUUGGCUUCGACGUUGAGAUCUCUGUAAUCCUACGGUUUUCGUACAGUAACAAUCUGACAUUUAAGUUCUUUUUUUACAGGCCAGCAUAUAUAAUUUUCCCUAGAUUCGAGGCUGAAUGAUAAAGCCCAAUCUAACAUAAAUGAUCGCAUACCUUACGAUGAAAAAAUAACUAUAUUGAUAAAUAUGCAAAGCACUAUUUUCCUCUGAUCUGUUGCAAUGCUCCAACAAGCGCUGGGGGAGGGGGGGGGGGUUCUUUUACUCCCUGGGAGUGCUGACUCGGUUUUUGUAAGUAAAAUGGGAACAACAAAUAACAAAACUAGGAAAUAUCCCAACAGAAACACACUGCUGUGCGCGCUACCAUUGCUUACAAUUCCCUUCCACAGUCGUGUUGCUAGCGGUUUCGUGUAAUUUUAUCUUUUUACUUAAUUCCUCUAUGGCUUCUCUCAAUUUUCGAGAUACUUACUAACAGAAUAGAAUUGCACACCAAGUACAAUACCAAUAUAUUUUCCCUUUGUUAGUUUGAAAUUGGAAAAUGGCAUAAGAUCUUGAAAGACCAUCUGUUUCGUUAGAAUACUUGAGGUGAUUGAUAGAAGAGAUCUACACAUCGCAUUUAUUAAUUCACUGUUUGGCUCCUUCUGGAAAUAGAGGGCAGCUUCGAAGAAGAUGACUUCCAACUUUCACGGUAACAAAACAAAAACAUAGGAAUGACUAAUACUCCUCUGAACGUACGAGCACUUGACGAAUAAAGAAACCAACUUUAAAGCUUU